CCGAACCAUGACCUGGCAAGGAGAAAAAAAAUCAUCACCCCUUCUCCACAUAUCGUGAGGGAGCGAGUAAAAUAAAAAGUCCCACUCUCUCUCCCUUUUUGCACAGAACAACAACAACCCACGCACACCGCACCACAACUGAAGUAACCUGUCUAUCUAUCUAUCCAUCUAUCUAUCUAUCUAUCGAGAUAACACCAGCCAAAAUGGUCUACACAAUCGUCGUGCACAUGCUCGCCAAAGACGACGCAGAAUGCAUCUCAAAGCUCAAAGCCAAGCUCAUCGAAGCAAGCGGCGUGUACAGCAAAGACACGGAGACGCUAUCCUGGUUCGUCAUGCAGGACGUCGCGGAGCCGAGGAAAUUCUGCAUUGUUGAGCGGUACUUGCAGGAGAGUUCGCAGAAAUACCACCUCGAGAACCCGUACUGGAAGACGUUCGAUCCGUAUGUUAUUCCGCUGCUGGCGCAGGAUAUGGAUUUGAGGCGCUUGGAGGAGAUGGAUGGUUAGGUGGUUGGCGUGAUGAAGGCGGGUUGCCGGGGAUUGAGAGUAUGGAUGAGUAGUAGUUUGUGUGUGUGUGGAUAUGGAGGGUGUGUGGGAAUGUAAGGUCAAUUUUUCUGAUUCAUGGUUUGGCUGGGUGCAGGCCUUGUUUCUGCAAGUUGUCUUUUUGCGCAUUGAUCCGGGGUGAGAUGUGGAUUUUUUGUGUGGGUUGAUAGGUGGACUUGUGUGUGUGGGGAAGAAGUCGAUUGACCGGAGUAUGUGCGACCAGCUACAUAUUCAAACAUGCGCGGUUCUGAAAGUUGUUUUAUGUACAAAACUCAAAGAUGAGGCAGAUAUGGGCUCCACACAUCAUAGCACAGCACAAACAAUCGUAUGAGGAGUAACGAGAGAGUUAUGAUGGAAUGAUUAUAUUAGAGGUCCUUACUAUCUAAAUCUAUCACUACGGAGGAUGUGUUGAGAGAGUGGAUUGGCAUCG